CAUGUUAAUUAAACACAUACAGCUGUUGACUGAACACCUAAUCAAAGAAAGCAUGGCAUAAAGCUCUUAAGAUAUUUCCCUUGCAGAAUGAUAAUGGUUUAAAAUUUUAUUUUGUAAGUUGAGUGGUAUUUGUAAAUAUUGUUCUCUGUAUUCAAGGUAGGUGAUCUAAUGUUAUAAAAAAGACUUAGUUACAGCUUGCUGCACACAAGAACUUCUCUGUAAGGUGGUAAAUCAUUAAAUAAUUUUAUUAUGGAUGAGUACGAGUAUAAUGUUUCAAAUCAGUGCAUUUUUUUGUGAAACCUAUUUAGAGUGGUUGAAUGACCAAGAGCAAUUUGAGACUGAUUAGUAGUGCUGUGUAAGCAUGAUAGAGACUAACCAUCAGCAUAAAGGCCUUCCAAAUAAGGAUUUGUUUUGCUUAGCAUUCAAUUGUAUCAUUUUGGUUUUAGUUCAGGCCGUGAUGAUUAUUGAAGUCCUAUAAGGGAUAGUUGAGCAUUGUAAUUUAUAAAUACAGUGAAGUGAAAUUUCCUUAUUGUGCAGAUGGCUUUCUGGGCUUUUUCUGGUGUAAGGAAAUUGGAACUGGAAGAGAAAAUAUGGAAAAUGACUGUUGGUGAUGUUAUAUACGUGGAACUCUUUAAGGAUGCUGAAGGAAAGUCAAGGGUAAGUGGGAAAAAUCUGCUUGGGGGUUCAUAAGGUCCUCAGCAGUUUUAAUUUUUACUUACUGAUUAGCACAGGUAGCUCAAAUUUUAAGGUGUUAGCUAGGAUGCCCUUGUAUUUAUUGCCAACUCAGCUUUAUGCUGGAGUUUGGUUGUGUUGAGUGGUUUAAUCUGGAGGCCUGCAGUGGAUAUUUACAUUUAAUUGAUUGGACUGGUGUUACUAUAAACAAGUUGUAAUGUAUUGCUUUUACAGAACUGUAACCAUAAAAUAUAGGAGGUAGUUGCAGCAAGAGUCUGUAUUAUGGGAAAAUAUCAUUUUUUUAAAAUCCUUUUUCCUACAUGUAAGAUAUAAAAUAGAAGCAACAUCUGGUCAUCAUAUAUGCUAAAAUAUUUUCUUUCUUUCCCCCUCCCCAUAUUUUCCAUUAUUUGUCAUCUGAAUCAAGGGCUGUGGUGUUGUGGAAUUCAAAUCGGAGGAUUUAGUUUCGAAGGCUUUAGAUGUUAUGAACAAAUAUGAUCUUGGUGGAAGACCACUCACCAUAAGAGAGGAUGCUGAUGGAGAGCAUGCUCGCAGGGCUAUGCAACGUGCAGGGGGUGGUUCGUACCCUGGCGGAUCCAGGCCGGAUAUUAGUUCACCAAUUGUUAAUUUACCGCCUAAUCUUGUCAACAACCCAAAUAUACCUCCUGAAGUCCUCACCGCUCUACAGGCUGGAAGACUUUUACCAACUGUAUUUGUUGCUAAUCUUGACUUCAAAGUGGGUUGGAAGAAAUUGAAAGAAGUAUUUUCCAUGGCUGGGACUGUAAAACGUGCAGAUAUCAAAGAAGACAAAGAUGGCAAGAGCCGUGGAAUAGGGACUGUAAUAUUCGAACAGCCACUUGAGGCCGUUCAAGCUAUUUCUAUGUUCAAUGGACAGCUUUUGUUUGAUAGACCAAUGCACGUGAAAAUGGACGAUAGGUCUGUUCCAUAUGAUGACUUACGUUCUGUUGACAAGAAGCCUCAAUUGCCUCGUGGGCUUGGUGGUAUUGGAAUGGGACUUGGACCUGGAGGGCGACCAAUUGCUGCAAAUCAAAUGCCUAUGAAUAAUGCAAUGGGCAGCAUGACAGCUGGAGGAAUUGGAAUAGAUGGACCAGCCUAUAGGGGAAUGAACAGAAUGAGUGGAGGAAUGAGUGGUCCCAUUGGUUUUAGCAGUGGAAUGGACGUAAUGAACAACAUGGGAAGCUUUGGUGAUGGAGGCAUGGGUAAUCUGGGUCGAAUGGCAGGUAUAGGCACAAUGGAAGACUUCAGAGGAAAUCUGGCCCCAGGACUGGGAAACAUGGGAGGAGUGGGAGGCAGUAUGAGUGCCAUUGGUGGAAUAAGCAGCAGUAUAGCUGCAAUGGGAAGUACUAUGGGAGCGAGUCAUUCCUCAUGGUUGAAAUGUGAAAAAUCUCCCAGAUUCCGUCAAGCUAUUUCUGUGACGUUAACUGAAGGAAGAGAACUGACCGAUUUUGAUGUGUAUCGUGCAGGAAUGGCAUCUUCUGCUAUAGGAGGUAGUUUUGAUCAAGAAUUUGGAAGAAGUGAAAUACCUAUGAAACGUGGUUUUGGUGAUUCAUUUAGUGGAAUGGGAGGUGGAAUAGGUGGAGGUAUUGGAGGAAGCAUGGGAGGUGGAAUGGGGGCCACUGGUAUGGGUGUAAUUGCUUCUGCAUUAGGUGCUGGCAUGGCUGCUAUGAAUAACAUGGCUGGAGGCAUGGCAAUGGCUAUGGAUCGUAUGGGUUCCAGUCUCGAUCGAAUGGGAACAGGAUUGGUAGGUGGGAUCGAUAGGAGCAUGGAUAAUGAUCGUGGAUUUGGAAGUAUGAAUACUGGAACAGCAGGAAGUGGUUUAAGAGACGGUGGAAGUAGUUUUCGAGGCUGUCAGAUUUUUGCAAGAAAUCUUCCAUAUGACCUGACAUGGCAGAAACUAAAGGAAAAGUUUAGUCAAUGUGGUCACGUAAUAUUUGCUGAAAUAAAAAUGGAAAAUGGCAAGUCCAAGGGUUGUGGGAUUGUACGCUUUGAUUCUCCGGAAGUGGCAGAGAAAGCGUGCAGAAUGAUGAAUGGCACAAAAAUUAAUGGGAGAGAGAUAGAUGUACGCAUGGAUCGUAAUGCGUGAGUGGUCUGUACAGAAAGAUACAGCAUGCCUGAUUAACCUUAUUGUUUUGCUGCGUUUUGUACUGAAGUGAUUUCCAACAGCUUUAGUGGAAGCUUACAUGUUAUGUGAGUUAACUUGCAAUAUUGAAAGAUUGCCAACUUAAAACUGGAUAUCGACUUGUACGUUUAUGUAAUUUUUGUUAUCAGACUGAUUUUUUUAUGUAUAUAGUAAUUUAGGUAACAUAUUAUUCACUUCUGUUUGAAUGGAUAAACUUUUUAAUAAAAUGUUGUCCAAUGAA